UUCGGCGCUAAUUAGUCCGGUUGUUGCAGCCCGCCGCCAGGAGAGGAGAGGAUGGGACUGCGCCAUAAACCGCGCAUGCUUUAGAAAUUUAUAUCAUCUACAACAAGCCCGAGUGCGCAGAGGAGAUAAGCGUACGGGGGGAGUUCUGUCAUGUCAAACAAAAACAAUCUAGCCUCGAAGCGCUGUUUAUUCUAGCGCCCUUCCCCCGUCCGAAUGAUGCCUCACCUCAACGACCCUGCUGCCCCCGCUGCGGUUGCAGAAACGGCUGAUGAUGCCCGCAUCACACCAUUAUUAACCACGACGACCACAGAACUCGUCGACGAGGAGACAGCUAUUACAACACCAGCAGAGCCUCUCCCUUACUGGCUCGUCAAUGUCCCGCGAUCACAAUGGCCGCCUGAAUGUCCGGAGUAUCUCCGUGAUCUACCUCAGAAGUCUAUAAAGUGCCUCUCGACGCCCGACGCGCAGUAUGAACGGCAGAGCUGGGCGCUGGUGAAGGAAAUAGUUGGAUCGAAUCAAAUACACCUUCUCCAGCGCGUGCCGUCCGAGCUGAGGAGGUAUCUGGAGUACACCGCAAAGAUUAAAGAUAAAUACGGUUCUGUUUUGAAUUUCGUGGUUCAGAAGAGGCUGGGUUGGGUGGAUGAUUUGAAACCCCGCGGGACAAGACCAUUCGACCAUCCAGGUUUGUUCUUUUCCCCCUUCGAUUUGGCAGAAAGAGAUAGUCUACUCUUUCUGGCCUCUAGUUAUAUCGGCCGACUAAAUAACUAAUCAUCCCCCUCCCCUCCUCCCAAAAACAUUCUAUUCUUUUGGCAACACAGACGACAUCAAAAUUCUCUACAACGACUGGCCAUAUGGGGUGGAAAAGGACAUCGUCCACCUUGUCAUCUGGACCAAGUUUGAACUCGAAGAUGAUCCUGCCACAGAUGACUUAACCCCGCGCAUGCGAAGGGAGAUCGAUGAGUUUGUUGAGAAAACGUUUCGGUCUAGAAUGCCCGCCGAGAAGGUGUGAGAGAGCUAGGUUAUAUGGUUUAAAAACUGGAAGUCUCUCAAGUCCGUCCACGCCAUCGAGCACUUCCAUGUCAUGCUCUACCAGGCCGAUCCGGCAUUUCUCCACGAGAUCACCAACGGCGACGUACCCGUUACCGAUGUAUGAAACUGAGUUUGUCCGAGAUUUUACAACUUUCUCGACCUUUUUUUCGGGUUUUUUUUUUUUUUUUUUUUUUUUUUUUUUUUUUUUUUUUUUCCCGCCUUCUAUUAACGCCCACAGAUAAAUAUUAGAAACAUAGACAUUUAUAAACCAUAGUUACCAUAAACCCAUAGCAUAGCUAUCACGAACCUCUCUUCUCUUGUCCUGGACAAAUUUCAAAGCGAUUCACACAUAUAUAUAUAUACCUUUAUAUAUACAUCUAGCCCCUAUCCACCCACCAACUCCGUAACAGUAACAACCCGAUACCCCCUCCUCCCCAACUCAGGCAGCACCACCCGCAACAUCGGCGCCGUCCAUCUCCGCCCGUCAUGGCAAAUGAUAAUACCACCGGGCCGCGCCAGGUCGAGGACGUGCCAGGCAUUGACGUGCGGGAAGGGGAUCUGCGCAUCGUGCGGAUACACGCUGCCCAGGACGAGCUUGUAGCCUAGCGCGGCCAGGAGGUGGCGCAUGCGCGUGGUGAAGAAGCCGGAGCCGGGGCGGAAGUAUUUUGGUGGUUUUGGUGGUGGUGAUGGUUGUGGUUGUGGUGCAUUCUCAGGGGGGUUUUUCGGUGUUGAAGUAGUAGUAGUAGUGGUGGUGGUGGUGUAUACGGAGUUGUAGAUAUGCUGUAUUUUGCGCUCGACGGUUUUUAUCUGGGCGAUGAGCUCUGCGUCGGAGAGGCGCCAUGACGGCUCAUCGCGCAUGGCGUGGUUGGCUAAUUCGUUGCCGGCGCGGAGGAGGUUGUGGAGUGUUUCUGUCUGUGUUUGCGGCGUCUCUGCUGCUUUCGCCUUGCUUGUGUUUGUCUCUGCACCUGGGAUACUGUCGGUGAUGUUCGAGCCGAUGAGGAAGAACGUGGCGGUUGCAUCGUUGGCUUUGAGGAUCUGAAGGAUCUCAGCGGUGUAGGGACUUGGUCCGUCAUCAAUUGUCAGGGCUAUUAAUUUGUCUCUGCUCGCUGUGUUGCUGUUGCUGUUGCUGUUGCUGUUGCUGUUGCUGAUAGUUGAGGUUGAGGUUGAGGUUGAGGGGAUGGGCACGAGCCACAGGAUAUCAGGCCAGCGGAGCUGGAAGUACUGGAUUAGGGAGGUGGGGGGUUUGUAGAUUAGGUAUAGCAGAGCUGGAGGGAUUACCACCCCUACGGUUAUUAGGAGUAUUAUUAGUAGAGUGUACAUGAGGGGCAGCGGCAAGGGUCGUGCAUCUAUCUACAUGGAUGUUAUCAUGUAAUGGAAUGUAUGAAUGUUGAUUUCGAUGAGGGACUGGUGGUCAAUUAGAUAAUUAGCUAGCCGGGUGGCUUCAGAUGACAUGAGUAACCUGGUCUGCAUUAUUCUUUUCAUUAUAAAUCUCGUAAAAGGCACUCAUGUAACUCAUGUAUCAUAUCCAACUUGCACAGCUCUUCUAUCGAUCGGGGGUGGUUGUUCUGUUUAUAAUCUCGGAGAUAGAACUGAUGGCCAAAGAGAAAUUGGGAUUAUUA